UAUGUAUUUUGCCCAAAUAUGACAUACCCGAUAUCACCAGAGUCUAAACUCAUCGUCUCAAAUUAACAUAAGACCUCCUACAAUUCAUGGCUACUCAAACAACCCUUCCCCUCAACGGUCGCGUAGCAAUCGUGACUGGCGGUUCGCGCGGCAUUGGCCGUGCCAUCGCAACCCAACUCCACUCUGCCGGUGCAAGGGUAGUGAUCAAUUAUGCUUCAUCAAACUCAACACAAGCAGAUCAACUAGUCUCUGAGCUGAAUCACGAGACUACCCAACUACGUGCCAUUGCAGUUCGAGCAGACGUUUCGGACCCCGAUCAGGUAAAGCAACUCUUUGAAAAAUCGGAAGAAGAAUUCGGGAGCCAAGUCCACAUCGUUGUGAACUGCGCAGGAGUUUUGGAUCCAAAGUAUCCUAGUUUGGCCAACACGACAGUGGAAGAAUGGGACAACACAUUCAACGUGAACACCAAAGGCGCGUUCUUAGUUUCCAGAGAAGCGGCCAAGAGGCUGGCGCGUGGCGGCGGUGGGAGAAUAAUCAUGAUAACGACGUCCCUUGUAGGGGCGCUUAUGCCGGGGUACGCAGCUUAUGCGGCAUCCAAGGCGGCGGUGGAGACGAUGGCUAAGAUUUUGGCUAAGGAGCUCAAGGGCACCGCAAUAACUGUGAAUUGCGUUGCGCCGGGGCCUGUGGCGACGGAGCUGUUCUUUGCCGGCAAAAGUGAGGAGACGAUUAAGAGGAUUGAGGAUGCUUCACCUCUGGGUCGAUUAGGUGAGCCCAAGGAUGUGUCUCAGCUUGUAGGGUUUUUGGCGGGAGAUGCUGGGGAGUUGGUUAAUGGCCAGGUCAUUAGGGUCAAUGGUGGAUUUGUCAUAUGAUCAACUCUUUUCUUUCUUUUUCUUUUUCCUGUAUAAAUAAUUUAUCUUAAAGGAAAUGUCAUUCGGGUCAAUGGUGGAUGGUAAUAGUUGUCAAUUGGAAUUCUUUUUCCCUUAAUUUGUAUUGGCAGUUGUCAUUUGCGUUUGGGCAAUAAAAAAUUAGAAAACUUUACUCUAGUCCUUGAAA